AAGCAUACUCCAGGGAGAAACAGAAGCAAACCAAAUGUCUGAAACAGAAAAUCUUUUACCAGCUGACACUGAGGAAGCUCCAGUAAAAGUUAAGGAAAGAGUGAAGGGAUUUGAAGCCCUGAGCAGUCCAGUUCAGAACCCUGACCAUCGAAGAAGAACAGGAGCCAAUCAGACAGCAGGAGCCCACACCCCAUCUGCUGCUCCACCCAAAACAGGACAUGAAGAGGACACCACCCACACCCCAUCUGCUACUCCACCCACAACAGGACAUGAAGAGGACACCACCCACACCCCAUCUGCUGCUCCACCCAAAACAGGAAAUGAAGAGGACACCACCCACACCCCAUCUGCUGCUCCACCCAAAACAGGACAUGAAGAGGACACCACCCACACCCCAUCUGCUGCUCCACCCAAAACAGGACAUGAAGAGGACACCACCCACACCCCAUCUGCUGCUCCACCCAAAACAGGAAAUGAAGAGGACACCAGCCACACCCCAUCUGCUGCUCCACCCAAAACAGGGAAUGAAGAGGACACCACCCACACCCCAUCUGCUGCUCCACCCAAAACAGGACAUGAACAGGACACCACCCACACCCCAUCUGCUGCUCCACCCAAAACAGGGAAUGAAGAAGACACCACCCACACCCCAUCUCCCCCGGAGACCAGGAGGCUGUCAGUGGGCAUGGACACUGGAGACGAGGAGGCUGUCAGUGGGCAUGGACACUGGAGACCAGGAGGCUGUCAGUGGGAGAGGUGUCAGUAA